AAACUAUUUGUUUAAGUUGGUAAGAAUGGAUACGAAUACUUACUGACGUUUCAGGCAGGCAAUGGCAAAGUUAAUUUCUUCAUUGCAUUUGAGCUAAUUCGAACGCUUUUGAAUUCUUGCUGGUGGUUUUCUCUCAGGAGAGGAUUUAACAAACAAAACAUUGUCGUGUAUUGUCAGUUGAAGCAGCUUUAAAGCAGGCUUGAUUUUGAGCAGUUGGCGGAAGUUAGAAUACUAAUAGAUAUCCAGAUCGUCUGGGAUUCAAAAUAUACAGAGCCGGCGCGACCAUGGGGCGCUACACGGGGAAGAAGUGCCGUCUCAUCUCCAUGUUCUGGCUGACGGCCUUCUUCUUCCUGGUGGAGAUCGUCGUGGGCUACGUCACCAACUCGAUGGCGCUCGUCGCUGACAGCUUCCACAUGCUGAGCGACGUGGCCGCCCUCGUGGUGGCCUUCCUCUCGGUCAAGAUGUCGCCCAAAAAGUGGUCGAAGAACACUUUUGGCUGGGCGCGGGCCGAGGUUCUCGGAGCGCUCGUGAACGCUGUGUUCCUCGUGGCCCUGUGCUUCUCCAUCACCGUGGAGGCCAUCAAGAGGUUCAUAGAGGUGGAGGAGAUCCACGAGCCCCUGCUGAUAGUCCUGGUCGGCACGCUGGGCCUGCUGGUCAACAUAGUGGGGCUGUUCCUCUUCCACGAGCACGGGUCGUCGCACGGCCACUCGCACGGCGGGAUCUCGCGCAGCCACACCCGGCUGCAGCACAUGGUGGCCACGGACGACAACGAGAACGACGAGACGUUCCGGCCCCCGCCCCCGCCGCCCCCGCCAGCGGACGGCAAGAAGGACGGCAAGCACGACGGCGCGUCGCAGAUGAACAUGCGGGGUGUGUUCCUGCACGUGCUGGCCGACGCCCUGGGCUCCGUCAUCGUCAUCAUCUCCGCUGUGGUGGUGUACGUGACGGAGUGGGAGUACCGCUUCUACCUGGACCCGGCGCUCAGCCUGCUGCUGGUGGUGCUGAUCCUGCACUCGGUGUGGCCGCUGCUCCAGGAGUCGGCCCUCAUCCUGCUGCAGACGGUGCCCACGCACAUCCGCGUGGACGACAUCCAGCGCCGCCUGCUGGCCAAGGUGGACGGCGUGCUGGCCGUGCACGAGUUCCACGUGUGGCAGCUGGCGGGCGACCGCAUCAUCGCCUCGGCCCACAUCAGGUGCAGGAACCUGUCGGAGUACAUGAAGAUAGCGGAGAAGGUGAAGGAGUUCUUCCACAACGAGGGGAUACACUCCACGACGAUCCAGCCGGAGUUCGUGGAGCUCGAUAAUUUCCCCGAGGACACCGUGCGGCCGGCCCAGUCGGAGGACUGCGUGCUGGACUGCCCCAAGACGGACAAGCCGUGCACCUUGUCGACGUGCUGCGGCCCCUCCAAGCACGGGCGCGACACGCCGUCGCCCGGGGACACGCCCUACAUGUGCCGGCAGCGCGGCAGUGCCACCAGCUUCACGGCUCGCAUCCAGGAGGAGAUGAGCGAGAUGGAGAGCGGGCGUCUGCUGACGGCGGGGGGCCUGUGUCCGGCCGCCAGCACGGACAAGGAGCCCCCGGGGGUUUGACGAUGGCCCGCCGUGUCCUCCCCGCGCCUCUAGUCCCGCCGCGUGCGUUUCUUACGUAUAGGUCGACACUUCGCCGUGCGACCUCACGUCUCGACUCCUCCUGAGAGACACCGCUCGCUCGUCCAACCGAUCAGUUUGUGGAAGGGAGUAGGGUAAUUUAAUAUUUGUGCGUUCAACAAUUAGGGGGAAACGCACUUUAAAAAGAACAGGUUACUUUUAAUAUAGGAAUUAAAAAUUGUAUUUAUAAAAUUCCAAGAGUAUGGCAGAGGGGUUGGAACAAUUUUAUUUUAGGGGCUGCAGGUUAAAAACGAACAUUGACGAAGUCCUGGUGUAUGUGUCUACCCUCAAGGUUCCUGCUAUUCCUCUACCCUUUCCACCCCAUUUUUUUUUUUUAACCGUCAAUUUAAAUCUCCAGCUUUAUUUUCAGGACAUAGUGAACAAGUCACUAACCAUUGGAACAUAAUGUUGGGUCUUAAUAUUUAUUGUUGUCAUGAUUCAAUAUAGGGUGGUAAAACUUAUAUUUGGUUCUUGUCAACUGAAAAAUUGUUCCUCCAAUUUAUGCUCCACUGGAAAUCAUUCAUACUAAAUAGAGAAGGGUUAUGAAUUAAAAGUAUAAAAAAAGGAAUCUGUAGUGUGUUAAAAGUGUAAGUCAUAUGUGAAGAUCUCAAAAUAAAAACUUUUCUGAACUCCAUUUUACAUUUUGAACCCAUAAUAGCCAUGAAGUAACUGGCAACCCGUGAGAUAUAACCUGAGCUGGUUUUUCUAAAUUUGAAGUUGUCGUGUAUUGGGGUGGCUAUAGUAUCGAGGCAGUAUUGAAGUUGCACUUUUGUAGCAGUUCUAGCAGUGAUUUUGUUGUUUUUGUCUACCCGGAGGCUGUUUGCAUAUCUCAACUUGGUUCCGGCUAACCUCCAAAUUGUAACUAAUAUAGAUUUGGUAAUAUUGACUGAGCCACUCUUGGAGAUAUUAGCUUAGUCUAUUAAACAUGGCUGCAUCUUAUUGUUUUUGAUGGACUUCUUAGCCGCAAUCGAAAACCUUUUUUGCAAUUCUUUGCAACCAGCCCAUCUCUGAAGGUGACUCCGCAUUGAACCUUUUAAAAACAGGGAAUGAAACUAUACUGUGCACUGUGAUUUUGUAUGUUAAAUUUAGGCCUUGUAGUUUCAUGGAUUUUCCUGUUUUUGUGUGCUGUUGUUCUUAAAUUUUGACUGUUUUUUUUUAACAUAUAAGUUUUUUAUUUAAUAAAAAAAAAUUGUAAAAUGUAUAAUUUUGGCUCUGCUUGUGAGUGCUUUAAAUUAACUUUUUUUUUACAUGGUCUCGUGUUUUCCAGUUAUUUAAUAUAUUUUUUUUUGUGCAUUGAACUAAGAGUUGACUAAAUUGGCUUCUUCCUUUAUGUCUUUGCAUGUGAUUAGAAAGAUGAUUGAUUUUUAUGAAACACCCAGAAUUUAUGAUGUACACAGCAUUAAUUCGUAGUUCUUAGUUUUAAUGUAAGUCAUGAUGUAAUGUGCUAAGUCACUUAAUUUGUAGAAUGUAAAGAAAUUAUGGGCUGAAAAGAUACAUAGUUCAGCUAUUGCAGUGUGGAUUCUCAACCAUGUUAUUCUGUACAAACAACUUUGUUCACUAACUUGCACAGUUAACAUUGUGUGCUUUGCACUGCUGGUGCGUUAUCAUUUGGUUACAAUAUGAUCAUUUUCAAGCAGGUAACGAAUGGAAAGUUGUGUAUAGAAAAACUUAUCAUAUUAAUCACAUUAUUUAAAUAAUAAUGGAGAGUUUCAAGUUCUGAUUCUCUUUGCACCGCCUUACUGCACACAUGGAACUAAAAUAUUUGGUGAACGACUCAUUUAAAUGUUGUUUUGUGUGCUUUUUAAGCUAUUGUACAGUUUUUUUCGGCUUAUGGUAAUUUUUAUGAUUCUAAGACUUCUCUGAAGCAUUAACAAAAAAUAUGUUAUUUUUUUAUUUUGUGGUAUUGGCCAUGCUGCUUGUUUUUGAAAUAUUACUCCUGCAGUGACAUUUUUAAGUUGUUUUGUUGUAAAGUAUUAAUGUUUUUUUCUUAUAUCUUUAUCAAUAAUAAUUUCUUUGCUGUAUUUUCAGGAAAAUAAAUUACAUAAUUGCAGUGCA